UCCUCCUCCACGCAACUGUGUCAGUUGAGAAGGGGCAUGUCGUUACCUGAAGUGAACUUAUCAAAACACACAUAGGCUACCACACACACCCACACUGCGAUAUGUUGUCUUUGAAGCUAACACUUUGAAACAUGGGUGAUUCUUGCCCCAACAGGCCCUCCGCCCUCCGCAGAAGGGCUACUUUCUCUGGGGUACGAAGCCUGACUGUGCAGCCGGCCAGCGGCGGGUCUGCCACGGCGUGCAGUUCGGCGCUGACUGCGAGCAGCAGUAGAGAACCAGGCCAGCACAAUGGCUUGCAUACAACUCACUCCAAAUCAAAACACGAAAAAGUGGAAAAACGAAAACGAAGGAAUGACCACAGUGGCAGAUUGAGUUGUCACCAGCACCAGCAGUCCUUGCUGAGCUCGUCCAGUGGAUACAGUAAUUAUCGCGGAAUCCUUAACUGGUGUGUGGUCAUGCUGGUCCUCAGCAACUCCCGCCUCUUCCUAGAAAACCUCUUAAAGUAUGGCAUCCUGGUGGACCCCAUUCAGGUGUUGUCCUUGUUUGUGAAGGACCCGUACAGUUGGCCCGCGGCCUGCCUAGUCAUCGUUUCCAAUGUAUUUAUACUGGCUGCACUCUACACAGAGAGACAACUGUCAAAGGGAUCCCUCAGUGAACAAGUGGGGCUUCUUGUCCACUCGGUCAACCUUUCAAUCAUCCUUUUCUUCCCUGCUGUUGUCGUCCUAUUGGUUCCCUCCAUAUCCCCAGUUGGCGGUGUGUUUGCGUUGGGAACCUACACCAUCCUCCUCCUGAAGCUGUACUCCUAUAAAGACGUCAACAGGUGGUGCAGAGAGCUGAGCAGCAUCAAGGUCAAGACACUGUCCAGAUCCAACUCCUGUCCCUCAGCCCCACCCGUGAUUGGUGUAGACCAGAUAGUCUGUUACCCCGGCAACCUGAGCAUCAGAGAUCUGUACUACUUUGUGUUUGCUCCCACUCUGUGCUAUGAGCUCAACUUCCCUCGCUCGCCCAAGAUCCGCAUGAGUUUCCUGCUGAGGAGGCUGCUGGAGAUGCUCUUCCUCACCCAGAUGCUCGUUGCUCUGACUCAGCAGUGGAUGGUUCCAAUCAUCCAGAGCUCCAUGAAACCCCUGGAGGAGAUGGAUCUUUCCAGAAUGAUGGAGAGACUUCUGAGGCUGGCUGUUCCAAACCACUUGUUGUGGCUGAUGUUUUUCUACUGGUUCUUCCAUUCAUCACUGAACUUCACCGCUGAGCUGCUGCGCUUCGGAGACAGGCAGUUUUACAAGGACUGGUGGAACGCUGAGACGGUGACAUACUUCUGGCAGAACUGGAACAUCCCUGUCCACAAGUGGUGUCUUCGACACUUCUAUUGUCCGCUGCUGAGGAAAGGCUUCAGCAAGAUGGUCAGCCAGUCAGCUGUCUUCUUCCUCUCUGCUUUCUUCCAUGAGUACCUGAUGAGUGUUCCUCUGAGGAUGUUCAGACUCUGGGCGUUCAUGGGCAUGAUGGCUCAGCUCCCAUUGGCUUGGCUCGUCACUCGCUUUCUGCGUGGUAACUAUGGAAACGCGGCAGUGUGGAUCUCACUCAUCAUUGGUCAACCCAUUGCGGUCCUGAUGUACGUCCAUGACUACUAUGUCUUACACAACGGACAAGAGAUUCACUGACCACACACACUCCAACACUUACACUCCCAUCCUUUUUACAGCUAACAAGACUCUGAAUAGGAAUGUUGAUAACUAAUGCUUUUCUACAACCUAAUGAAUGUCAAAUAUACAUGAAUGUAUAUUUGACAAAGCAAUACAAUCUAUGCCAUGUAUCAUGAAAGAUCAUUAUGAUGGUGAACUACUUCACUCCUUUACUCAGGUUUUAAAAUGUUUGACUAGAAGGGGAUUGGAUGAAGUUUUUCAAUCAAUAAAUAUGUUCUCCGCCAUUUAACUAAUAUACAGAAAUGACCUAUUGAACAUAUUGGAUUAUUUUUUUUACAUUUCUAGAUUUUGAAAACAAAGAUAUGUUUGCUUGCAAAUAUCUGUGUUUCUGUAUCUUAUUUUACUUCUGGUCACAUAUCUAGACUUUUACCAUCCCUACUAAGGGAUGGUAAAAAAAAGGAUUCACUAAAUUUUUUUUGUAUUAAUUUGUUUGAGGGGAUAUAGAAUGUAUGUUUAUAUCUAUGAAUGGUGUAUCAUUGUAAACUUCACCAACCCAGGCCUGUAUCUGUUUUAUGGUGCUGUGGAGCACUUCGGUACAAAGUUUUACUGAAUGUUGGGUUGGAAUUUUGAGGAACAUAAAAAUCACUUCAGUCACAAAUGUGGCGAUUAAAAACAUUGACAAAUCAAUCAAAGAUUCAUAUUAUCUUGCAUUUUCUAAUACACGUGUAACAGGAAUCUAAACACACCUAAGAUGCACAGAAUGCAUGGUAGUACUCGCGUCAAACUUGCCAGACAUUAACCCUUUAUUAUUAAAGGAACUUUUUUAGGGAGAUGAGACUGCAUUUAAAAAGUCUGUGCCUCUUAUGAUCCGAAUGCCAACUUUUUAACUGAUCCUGUUGAGCUUCCUCCUACUUGCUGUUAAUGUGGCUUCCUUGGCAGGGAGCAGAGGCAACGGUAGAAACAAACACGGGGGAAAACUCCCUGCUCCAGAUGUUUAAUUACUGUAAAGUAAGUUGACAACACUUCAGCAGUGCUUGUCUUGCCUUCGUACACUAAUCCUAUUUCACCACACAAACACACAUGCACACCUACACACACACACCUGCACACACACAAAGACACACCUCACCGGCUGCUUAUGGAUGCUAGAAGCAAAAAGCUGCAAAUCAGAUGCAACUCUGAGCGUCUGACAGUUCUGCGCCCGCCUGUGGUGCCCUGACCCAGGCAUUUAUUCCUAUUUUAAGAGUGUCUUCAUAUUUUGUUUGAUCUCCUAAUCCAGAAGAGAUCGUAUUUUUUGAGGAUUUCAAGACAGAAUCCAAUUCUUGAGACAUGGAGCGAUGCAGCUCAUUCCAGUCACACAGCCAAUCACCACUUUACAUGAUGAAGCACCAUCUGCUGCGCAGUCGUGUGUUUCUCAAACACAGUCCUAGUCAAACUGUAGUCUAGCAGGGAGCCCGAGACCGCAGUGGUUAUCAUGGAUUUCCACAUUCAUGUGUGUGCAUAAAUGAUCUUCCAUAUUGAUGAUAUGAAGACCUGUUCUGUAUUUUGUCAGGCUCACACAGGAUUAAACAGUUGGAGACAAAAUUACAGAGUUUCGAGUGUGUUUGCAUUAUUUAAACAGUUGUUAUUCAUUUUAGCGUACAAUACUAUAGCCAAAUGUCCCUCAUGUACAUGAAUAAAAUCCCAAUGUAUUCUCAUAAUUUAAAUCUGAAGGUGUUUAAUAAGAUGCGGCUGCUGCUUGGAUAUAAAAGUAAAUAGGUUAGGUGAGCUGAGGAGAACAAAUCCAUGUGUAUGGAAAGAAGUAUCACUAGGAAACUUGCUGAUCAUUUAAAAACUGUAAUUAUGAAAAACAAAAUGCAUCCUAUUACAGCAAGAAUUGGAAACACUUUGUACUCCCGAGAGAUAUCUUGCUGUUAUUGUGGUUUUUACCUUUCCCAUUUCCAAUCU